AUGUUAGCGAUGUUGAUUCUGUCGCUUUUAUACUGUGACGCCCAAAACGUAAGUUUUGGUUACAACGACGAUGGAAGCCAAUUGGACAGCGCGGAGUCUUUCUGGGGAAAACUCUUAAAUAAGGCUCGAUUGCUGAUGGACGUCGUCAUCCUGCUGACGGUCAAGUUGAAAGGCCACGGUUCCACUAGUAGUAGCAGUUCCAGUGGUUCCGGCAGUUCCAGCAGAAGCAGUAGUAGCAGCUCCAGUACAAGCAGUAACAGCAGUAGCAGCCUGUCCAACUCCACCAACUGUACUAGAAUCUACGCAUCACCUAAACACAUCGCGAAAUUUAAACUUUCCACCAUGAAGUGGAUACAAUUCUCGUGUAUCGUUGGUAGUAUCCUGUUUUUAACUUAUGUUGUUGCAUUCCCAACCGCAAACAGUUCAAGGACGUCCAAACUUAAUCCAGUUGCAGCUGUUUAUUGUUCGGCCCUAAAUGUAUUUUUAGCCGAUCUGACUUCUUGUUCCAACUUUUAUUCUUGCACCGCCAAACGAUUGGUCAUCAGGAUGUCGUGCGGAUCCGGAACUUACUUCGAUCCGACUGUGCUCAUAUGCGACUGGCCGGAAAACGUCGAUUGCGGUGUCCAUGCACCAGGAAAUGAUGAUAACAAUUUUUUCAAAGAAGUCAGCAAUGGGCGAGACAAUGGACAGUUGGCAGAACCACCGGGUAAAUUUGACCAAGGAAUGGAUACACCUGAAUUUCGCCGAAGAAUAACAUCAUCGGAUGCCCGACUUCUUGGAUUACAUUUAAAUUUGCUAUCUUUAUUGAAAAGACCAGUUGGGUGCGCUAGGGCCAGAAGUUCCAACCGGUUCACCUGGAAAACUUAAUGGAAAAUAAAAAAAGAUUUUAUGCGAUUUUUAUAUUUAGUUCGUUAUGGUUGUAUCAGUUAACUCAGCAAACUGUAUCUUUUAUAAGUUUUGAAAGGAAUUUCUGUCAAUGGUUCUGCAUGUGAUGUGUGAUGAUGGAAUAGUGUGAGGAAAUAUACAUGAGAAUGCCCUCUCCGAUUUUA